AUGGGCUUCCUCCGGCACCGCAAAGGUCACGGUCACGACGCCGAUGUCGAGUCGAACGACACCGCCGUCGACUCUCCGACCGAGAAGGGCCCCGACUUCAAGGGCGACGAGUACGAGAAGCUCAUCCAGUUCGUCGAGUACGAGGCCGAGCGCUCGAAGCGCGGCGGCGACGACGAGGACGAGGACGAGGAGAUCCACGAGAAGCGGCUGUGGUACGCGCCGUGGAAGAAGGUCGCCGUCCAGUCGGACAAGACCAAGAAGGUGCCCGAGGACUGGCUCCAGACCGACCUCGCUCGCGGUCUCGACGACGGCGAGGCGGACAAGCGCCGCAGCCAGUACGGCUUCAAUGAGCUCGAGUCGCAAAAGGAGAACCAGUUGCUCAAGUUCGUCGGCUUCUUCCGUGGGCCCAUCCUCUACGUCAUGGAAAUUGCCGUCAUCUUGAGUGCCGGCCUGCGCGACUGGAUCGACUUCGGCGUCAUCAUCGGUAUCCUCAUGCUCAACGCGUUCGUCGGCUGGUACCAGGAGAAGCAGGCCGGCGACAUCGUCGCCCAGCUCAAGGCCGGCAUCGCCAUGAAGGCCAUCGUCAUCCGCAACGGCCAAGAGCACGAGAUCGAGGCGCGCGAGCUCGUCCCAGGCGACAUCGUCGUCAUGGAGGAAGGUUCGACGAUCCCGGCCGACUGCCGGGUCCUGUGCGCGUACGAGGACAAGGACAAGGGCGACCUGCACGACCGUCUCGCCAAGAUCAUCAAGGCCAAGGGCCAGAAGAAGAACUCGGCCGGCGACGACGACGACGAUGACGGCGACUCGGACGAGUACAAGAAGCUGCGCGGGCCGUCCGUCUGCAGCGUCGACCAGUCGGCGCUCACGGGCGAAUCGCUCGCGGUCGACAAGUUCGUCGGCGAGACGGCGUUCUACACGUGCGGCAUCAAGCGCGGCAAGAUCAUCGGUGUCGUCGAGGCGUCGGCCAAGCAGUCGUUCGUCGGCAAGACCGCAAGCCUCGUCAUGGGCUCGAACGACGAGGGCCACUUCAAGAAGGUCCUCAACGGCAUCGGCACGGCGCUCCUCAUCCUCGUCGUCGUCUUCAUCUUCGCCAUGAUCAUCGGUGGCUUCUUCCGGAACAUCGGCAUCGCGAGCCCGAAGCAGAACAACCUCCUCGUCUAUGCGCUCAUCUUCCUCAUCGUCGGCGUGCCUGUCGGUCUGCCCUGCGUCACGACGACUACGAUGGCCGUCGGCGCCGCCUACCUCGCCAAGCAGCAGGCGAUCGUGCAAAAGCUCACGGCCAUCGAGUCGCUCGCCGGCGUCGACAUCCUGUGCUCCGACAAGACGGGCACGCUCACGGCCAACAAGCUGUCGCUCAACGAGCCGUUCGUCGCCGACGGCGUCAAGCCCGACUGGUUCAUGGCCGUCGCCGUCCUCGCCUCGUCGCACAACGUCAAAUCGCUCGACCCGAUCGAUAAGGUCGUCGUCUGCGCGCUCAAGGACUAUCCCGAGGCCAAGAAGAUCCUGCGCGAGCGUCACUGGAAGACGCACAAGUUCACCCCAUUCGACCCCGUGUCGAAGCGCAUCACGGCCGAGAUCGAGGACGGCGACGGCAAGAAGUUCACGGCGGCAAAGGGCGCGCCCAACGCCAUCCUGCGCCUCACAAAGUUCGACAAGGGCCUCGUCGCCCACUAUCGCGAAAAGGCGGCCGAGUUUGCCGCUCGCGGGUACCGCUCGCUCGGCGUCGCCAUCAAGGAGGACGGCAAGGACUGGGAGCUGCUCGGCCUGCUCUGCAUGUCGGACCCGCCUCGUCACGACACGCCUGCGACGGUGCGCGAGGCGCAGGAGCUCGGUAUCAGCAUCAAGAUGCUCACAGGCGACGCCGUGGCUAUCGCCAAGGAGACGUGUCGCCAGCUCUCGAUGGGCGACCGCGUCUAUGACUCUGAGCGUCUUCUCGGCGGCGGCAUGUCGGGCAGCGAGAUGAGGGACUUCCUCGAGGCUGCCGACGGGUUCGCCGAGGUCUUCCCCGAGCACAAGUACCAGGUCGUCGACCUCCUCCGCCAACGGCAGCACCUCGUCGCCAUGACUGGCGACGGCGUCAACGAUGCUCCUGCCCUCAAGAAGGCCGACUGCGGCAUCGCCGUCGAGGGCGCGUCCGACGCCGCUCGGUCCGCCGCCGACAUCGUCUUUCUUGGAGAAGGCCUGUCGACGAUCAUCACGGCGAUCAAGGUCGCCCGAGGCAUCUUCCACCGCAUGAAGGCUUACAUCGUCUACCGCAUCGCACUCUGCCUGCACCUCGAGGUCUUCCUCCUGCUCGACAUGCUCAUCCAGAACGAGACGAUCCGAGUCGACCUCAUCGUGUUCCUCGCCAUCUUUGCCGACGUGGCGACCAUCGCGAUCGCGUACGACAACGCGCAGUCGGCGACGAGGCCGACCCAGUGGCAGCUUCCGCGCGUGUGGUUCAUGUCGACCGUCCUCGGCCUCCUCCUCGCGGCGGGCACCUGGAUCUGCCGCGCGACGCUCUUUGUCGGCAACGACGGCAAGGGCGGCAUGGUGCAGAACUACGGCUCGAUCCAGGAGGUCCUCUUCCUCGAGGUCGCCCUCACCGAGUCGUGGCUCAUCCUCAUCACGCGCAUCGACUUUGGCAAGGACGCCGGCAAGAUCACGUGGCCGAGCUGGCAGCUCGUCGGCGCCGUCUUUGGCGUCGACAUCCUCGCGACCGUGUUCGCCGCCCUCGGCUGGAUGAGCGGCCCCGCCGACCGCCACGGCGGCUGGGUCGACAUCGUCUCGCUGUGCCGCAUUUACGCCUACUCGGUCGGCGUCACGGUCGUCCUCGCGUUCGUCUACUACCUCAUGAGCAAGAUCCCGUGGAUCGACAACCUCGGGCGUCAGAAGGUCGGGCAGAAGCACCCGGCCAUGGAGAACUUCCUCACCGAGCUUCAACGGCUCACGAUCGUGCACGAGAAGAACGAGGACGACCCUGACGCGCCAGCGACGUUCAAGAUUACUCGCGGCGCGUCGGACGAGGCGGCGACCGAGGCCGGCUCGGGCGGCAAGGAGGCGGCCAAGCCCAAUGCCAAGAGCGAGGCGGCCAAGGAGAGCAAGGAGAAGGGCAACGAGGCCGAGCAGAAGGGGGCGCAGGGCGGCGAGGGCAAGGGCGUGGCGCAGGAGCGCGCCGAGCCGAGCCGGGCCGACGAGGUGGAGCAGGGCCGCGAGAGGGAGAAGGCGCGCCAGGAGGAGACGCACUGAGUGGCUGAGCAUGCCCUCGUCGUCGCCGGCGUGCGAGGGACGGCUCGUGGACCAGGACUCGUCGGCCUUCCCAAAUUGGCGCGCACGUUCCUCUUCUUCCUCUCGUCGCUCUCUUCGCGCCGUCAAGGACACACAUAGAUCUCUCCUCGUACAUAGUAUAGCUCGUCGUGCAAUUCUCUAU